CCUCCUCCUGCCUAGCCCUCUUCACCUCACCAACAACACGCCCGACAACCUUCCUGCGCGCGUUAUCUCGUGUCGCAAAACAACGUAUUCGCGCUUCCGACGUGUGGAAAAGCUUCGCGUCGAUCACUACAAGCACGUCGCGUGACCUCACGUCAUUCACCCACUGGACCUUUCAGCCGCGCCGUUUGCGCCGGCUGAAUUAUUGAGCGCAGGCGACGAGGGAGACGGGACACAACACCGACGUCGUCGGCUGGUGCGCUUUGGUGUUGACUCAUCACAGCUCCCAGUAGCCCAAAGGCUUUGGUGGAGGCGGUUUCGUAGUCGGGUGUUAAUUCAACCAUCACGGCCGUAUUUGCUCCGUGUCGCAUUGCCUACCCUGCUGUUUAUAGAUGAGAGAGAGGCGUGUGUGCGUGAAAGCAGCGCGCUUGAAUCAAUAGAGAGCCAACCCCGUUCAACGUGACCUCGCACUCUUGAUACUAUCAUCAUCAAAAUCACCAUCGCAUCAACAUGGCUGAGGAACCCCGACGCUCUGGUCGCGCAACCAAAGGCCAACAUACCAAGAACGACGAUGAGCUGCUGACCGGAGCGAGCGCGGCGUCAACAGCUGCCGCGUCCGGACAAAAGAAAGGCAAGGCUAGCAAGAAGAACAAAGUGGACGAGCCAUCAGACCUUGAAGUCAACGAAGAGGAUGAUUCCAUCAUCCGUUGCGUGUGCGGAGCCACCGCCGACGAAGAUGGCUGGCAAAUGAUCUGCUGCGAGAAAUGCGAAGCUUGGCAGCACAAUCUAUGCAUGGGCGUGACAGAAGUGGAGGAGGAGCAGCCCGAGAAGUACUACUGUGAGCAGUGUCGGCCUAGCAACCAUAAGGUUCUCCUGGCGGCGAUGAAAAGAGGGGAGAAGCCGUGGGAGGCAAGGAUCAAAGCACGCAAGGAGGAAGAGGAAGAAGCGGAAAGAAGGAGAAAGGGGAAAAAGGGAAAGGGCGGCAGUAGGAAGAGCGCUGGUGGGAAAGAGACGCCAGCUAAGGGAACGCCUGUACCGGAAGGGACGAAGAGAAAGGCAGAAGAGGAGGUAGGUGGUCUUAUUCGCGAUUUGUCUGUGAUAGAUCCUAAUGAGUACACUCAGCACGUUGCUGCCCCGAAAUCAGCAAGUCCGGUGGUGGCGGUCACGCCGUCAAACAACCGCCGCAAGUCGUCCACUCAGGUCAUACCGCCAGACGCGAAGCGCCGAAAAUCUACUGCGGAUGGGAUCAGCCAUUCACGAAAGUCGUCCACCGUGGUGCCUCUUGUGUCGAGCAUUGAAGAACUGCCCGGCCCUAGGCAGAACGCGCCCAAGGCGCUGAGCGUAAAGAUCAAAUCCGUCAUCGACCAACUCGUCAAAGAUGGCCGGUACCGGAUCCCAGACGGCGAGACGGCGUCCUCGCUUGCAACGACAAUGUCCCUCCAGAUUGAAAAUUCGCUCAUGACUAUCUACGGUGAGCCAUCGGCCUACAAGACCCAGUUUCUGGCCAUUCACAGUAACAUACCGAAAAACACGGAACUGGUUGCACAGCUGCUGUCCGGAUCCUUGACGCCGAUGGAGAUUGCAGACAUGUCGUCGGACGAUAUGGCGAGCGAAGAGGUGCAGAGGGAGAGAGCGCGAGCGAAGGAGGAGGCCGACAAGCAGUCCAUUCUCAUCACAGAGCAAGUGCCCCGGAUGCGAAAGACACACAAGGGUGACGAGAUCAUCGGAGAAGAUAUGACCGUAAAGCCGGUCGAAGAUGCGUCCUGGGCAACCCAGCCGAUCCGAAGGCGGGACACUCACGAUGAGAAUAUGACGGGUGUGGACGGUCAACCGCAAGACAGAGACAGCCCGGAUCGUGUCGAGCUGCCGGAGACGGAGAGGCAUAUUCCACCGCCGUUGAGCGUGGACACGAAAAGUCCGCAUCAGAGGAAGCAGUCAGGAGCUUAUAACAUGGAUCGCGUCUGGGGCGCUGCGCACUCCCCUGAUCGGCCUCACGAUGGCGCCGUGCAGACGCCCAGGAUGCCGCAAGCGCCCGCGCAACCCCAGGACGCACAAAUGCACGAUGCAGAUAUCGAUCGAUUGCUCAAGGACGAGGAUGAUGACGACCAGGCCCCCAUUUCGCCUGUGGUCGACGGCUCGCCCGGAAGCCCUGUUUGGAAGGGCCUCAUCGACAUGGCAGGUGUUGCGUCCUUCAAUGCUUCAGCAAGAUGGGUCGCCGGCGGAGACGUUGGCCAAAAAGUGCCAUACACAGAUCUGAUUCCUGGCAAGAUGGAGAUCACUGGCCGCAUCGCCAUUCCACGCGCUGACGAGUACGUCGCGGGCAUGCGUUUCUCACAGUCCAACGACGUGUGUUGCCUUCUCGUGACACCGUCCUCGCGCAGCGUGGAUCGAGAGAGCUUCAACAGGAUCUUCGAUUACUUCCACUCGAAGCAGCGAUGGGGUGUUAUCAACGGGACCGGUCUUCACGAGGCUGUACGAGAUUGCUACCUCGUGACCUUGGAAGCCGGCUCAGGCGGGUGGCCGGACUUCAUGAGCAUGUUGGAAGAGAGGCAUAUUGAGGAACCUAGGCCAGAGAAUAUGCUCGUCCUCACGAUGGUGGUGAAGACGAAGUCCCCUCACUCCACGCCUGCGCCUGCGAUGUCAUCCACUCCUCAGAUCCCGCAGCAGAGUCCUGUAGUUCCGCAGAAUGGAAGCGCAGGCCCGAUCCCACCGCAAGCCCCGACACCCGUCACGUAUCCUUGGGCUACGGACACAGUCAAAGCGAUUCUGGGGCCCGAGAUUCACGCGCCCGCUGUGGUGCAGCUCUUCACGGCGGUUCCGGAGAUGAGCGAGAUUCAGGUGAGGAAUCUGAGGGAGGCGUUAGAGCGCGAACCGAGUGCAAGAGAAGACCUGGGCAGGUUAGGCGAGGUGCUCAGAGCAGGCGUCCAGUGAGCUCAGAGUGUUUGACAACUCUCUGCUGGCCAAGACCAUGGGCGGCGGAAAAACCAAGUGAGAAGAUUGGCGCUUCAUGCUUUACGAGUUGCUUUUGGGAGGGUCCAUGAUCAAGCGUUUGUUCUUUGAGCGUCGGUCACGUCGACUUACCACGUCUCGCUUUCUAAAUGCCUGUGUCGUGGGCAGGAUCAAAAUCACGUUUAGCGAAAGGUACCUUCACAUACCCUUCACAUACGGACGGGAGUGUAGGGUCUUCCUUUUUUUUUGAACAUAUGUUCUUUUCUUAUAUCUUCCAAAUCUCGAUUGACAUCGAGAUUCUUGUAUAAGUAGCCGCCUUGCUGCCAUUCCGGAAUAGGAUACGCGUCGAUCGUCUUUACGGGAGUAAGGUUUUUACAGAAAGAAACAAACUAAGCAC